GGUCACACCUCCGUGGCCGAAUCAGCCAAUGGGAUUGAGUAGACAGUCCGCGGGUUCGUAGAGAUUCCUGCCCCCGUACCCCGUCCUGUCCUCCUCCUCCUCCUCCUCUUCUCUACGUCCCUUUUUUAUAUCAGCAAGCUAGGGGCGGUGCAACGGUGGGCGGGUCCUAAUGACGUGCCCGGACGGGUCUCACACCAUAGGAGUCUACAGUUCUUAGUUUGUGGCGGCUUGGGCGGGACGCACGCGGUGCAGUUCAAGAUGGCGGAUGCAGAAGCCUGUGGACAAGUGCUUCCCUAAGUAAUAUUUGGCCUUGCCACAGCCACGUGGAGAACCCGAAGGGAAGCCAACACGUGCUAGAGUCAUUUACCAGCCAAGCCAUCCUAGUGUUUGGCCUCACAAACUAAUUACAUUCCCAAAGAAGCAUAAGAAGAAAAAAGACCGGAAGCCAUUACAAGAAGAUGAUGUUGCCGAAAUACAACAUGCUGAAGAAUUUCUUAUCAAACCAGAAUCUAAAGUGGCUCAAUUAGACACUUCUCAGUGGCCCUUGUUACUAAAGAAUUUUGAUAAGCUAAAUGUAAGGACAGCACACUAUACACCUCUUCCUUGUGGUUCAAAUCCUCUGAAGAGGGAGAUUGGGGACUAUAUCAGGACCGGUUUCAUUAAUCUUGACAAGCCCUCUAACCCCUCUUCCCAUGAGGUGGUAGCCUGGAUCCGACGAAUACUUCGGGUAGAGAAGACUGGCCACAGUGGCACACUAGAUCCCAAAGUGACUGGUUGUUUAAUUGUGUGCAUUGAACGAGCCACUCGUUUGGUGAAAUCACAACAGAGUGCAGGCAAAGAGUAUGUUGGAAUUGUCCGGCUGCACAAUGCUAUUGAAGGGGGUACUCAGCUUUCUAGGGCCCUAGAAACUCUGACAGGUGCCCUGUUUCAGCGACCCCCACUUAUUGCUGCAGUAAAGAGGCAGCUUCGAGUGAGGACUAUCUACGAGAGCAAAAUGAUAGAAUAUGAUCCUGAGAGAAGAUUAGGAAUCUUUUGGGUAAGCUGUGAAGCUGGCACCUACAUUCGGACACUAUGCGUACACCUUGGCUUGUUACUGGGAGUUGGUGGUCAGAUGCAGGAACUUCGGAGGGUGCGUUCUGGAGUCAUGAGUGAAAAGGACCACAUGGUGACAAUGCAUGAUGUACUCGAUGCUCAGUGGCUGUAUGAUAACCAUAAGGAUGAGAGUUACUUGCGGCGUGUUGUUUACCCUUUGGAAAAGCUGUUGACAUCUCAUAAACGUCUGGUUAUGAAAGAUAGUGCAGUGAAUGCAAUCUGCUAUGGGGCCAAGAUCAUGCUUCCUGGUCUUCUUCGAUAUGAAGAUGGCAUUGAGGUCAACCAGGAGAUUGUGGUCAUUACUACUAAGGGGGAAGCUAUCUGCAUGGCAAUUGCAUUGAUGACUACAGCAGUGAUUUCUACCUGUGACCAUGGUAUAGUAGCCAAAAUAAAGAGGGUGAUCAUGGAGAGAGACACUUAUCCUCGCAAGUGGGGUUUAGGUCCAAAGGCAAGUCAGAAGAAGAUGAUGAUCAAGCAGGGCCUUCUGGACAAGCAUGGCAAACCCACAGACAAUACCCCUGCCACAUGGAAACAGGAUUACAUUGACUAUAGUGAUUCUGGCAAGAACACACUGGUUACCGAAGCAGUACAAGCCCCUCAGUUAGCUGCUGAAGCAGUAAAUGUCAUAAAAAGGAAGCGGGAUAGUGAGAGUGAAAGUGAUGAGACCCCAACAGUUCCCCAGUUGAAGGAAAAGAAGAAGAAGAAGGAUAAGAAGCCCAAAACUGUGCUAGAAAGUGGGGGCGAAACUGGAGAUGGGGACAACGACACCACCAAAAAGAAAAAGAAGAAGAAAGUAAAAGUGGUAGAAGAGAUGUCUGAAUAGUUUAAGCCACUUCUGGAAGCAUUAUGUCCAGCUGGGAAGAAAAAGAAAAGCCUUAUUGGAAAAACUUUUUGUUGAGGGAGAACAGAGGUCCCAGAGUAGAAAGUUCUGGUAUACUUUUAGCUGCCACUUGUGACCUCAGUGGUUAGCUGGUGUGGCCAUCUCAUCCCAUCCUGUCCUGUUUUAAGGAUAUGAGAGAUAAAAUCAGGCCUUUGCCACCAACCCCUCUGCUUGCUUGAGGAAGCCACACCUUUAGACAUGGCAUGGCCUAGUAACUAUCUGCAGCUAUUUACUAAUGAGCAUUUUCAACAAUGCCAUAGAUAGUCCUCUCCUACUUUGCUUUUUAAAAAGUUGGUAAAAAUUAAAUCUGCUACAUAAAAUGGUAUAGAACCUUCUGUGAGAGAAAAAAUGUAAUUGAACUAUGUUCACUGGGGGACUCUUAUCUCCAGUGUUCUAUGAGGACUGCUCUAUUCAGGUAUUAACCUUGCCUGGUGGUAUCUAUGAUAUUUAGGCUAGUACUCUGUAUUUUUGUGUACAACAGGAUUUCUCUAUAUGGCUACUUGUGUUUCUUAUGGAAGCCAAAGCAUUCCUGUACCUUCCUAUUUGUUUUCUUUUAAAGAAUGGAAUUGCCGGGCGUGGUGGCGCAUGCCUUUAAUCCCAGCACUUGGGAGGCAGAGGCAGGUGGAUUUCUGAGUUCAAAGCCAGCCUGGUCUACAGAGUGAGUUCCAGGACAGUCCAGGCUAUACAGAGAAACCCUGUCUCGAAAAAAAAAAAACCAAAAAAACAAAAAACAAAACAAAAAAACCAAAAAACAAAAAAAACAAAAAAAAAAACAAAAAAACAAAAAAAGAAAAAAAAAAGAAUGGAAUUGUUCAGAAUGGAAUUGUUCAUUGCUGAAGAAUGUAAUUUGUAGUUUUUUUUUUUUUAAAAAGUAUUCCUGUUAGAUUUACUAUGAUAAUCUUGGACUGGCAACAAAAGUGAGAGAAUAUUUUUAUUAAAAGUCUGAGGUUUAUGUCCU